AUCACACCCAGUCUUCGUCUUCUUCGCCAUUCCCUCUUUUCGAAUCACAGAAACCCUAGCCUCUUCCCCUCUCAAUUUUUUUCUCAAUCUUCAUCAUAAAAUUCUCAAAUUUCUUCCUUUUUUUGUCAAAUUUCAUCAAUUUCAAAAAGGAAGAAUGCCAAGGUGUAAGAACGCUUACUCGGGUCAAGAAACGGCGGCAGAGGAGAAUGAGAGGCCAUGGCGUCGUGAAGGGAGCAAGUACAUUCACAUUCAAACGGGUCUCGCCUUCAGCACCGGGGCUUCCGUCGAGAGGUUCCACAACAUCUUCCUCACGAAGGAGAUCGUCGCUCCCAAGAUCGUGAACAAGGACCUCUUCAAAUCGGCGACCUAUGCCCCGAGUAAGUCUAUGUUCUUUCAACAAGGAUUGCUUCGUUUCAUCCAUUUGACGUAUGAAUUCUUUUGUCCAAAUCUUAUACGUCAAUUUUAUGCAAAUCUUCGUACAACUAAGGGAGGUUCGCCAUCUCUCAUUUCCUAUGUUGACGGCAAAACCGUUUUCAUUGACGGUGCCGGUUUGACUUCGUUGUUUGGUCUUCGUCGCGGCAAAAUUACCGAAAACUUGGAUGAAACAUUCCAAGAUGAGGCAAUUUGGCGAAAACUCGGGUUGGAUCAUCGUGACCUCAAGUUUAGAAACUCUAGCAACCCGAGUGUAGUUAAUCUCACUUUAAUUCAACGUGUCCAACAAUACAUUUUUUCAUAUGUUUUGUUGCCCCGUGAUUCGAACCAUGGCGUCGUCAACAAGGACGAUAUUCGUUUAUUUCACGUCCUGUUGAACGAUGUCAAAUUUGAUUGGGUUCACUUCUUUAUCGUUGCCCUUAGCGAUGGCACUCAUUUUUCCCAUCUCCGGUUUGCCAUCCCCGUUAUGCAUAUCCUUGCACAUUGCAAAAUAGACUUUACUCGGGACACUCAGGUGCCGGUUAAGAAGACUUGUUUCAUCACUGAAGCCAAGUUUUCCCGGAUCGUGUAUCGAGAGGAGGGAGAUGCUGCACCAAAUCUGGACUUGGUCGUCGCCGAAAAAGAAGAAGAAAGCCAAAACGAGAAUCAAGCUGAGUCAUCUCAAGCCGGAGGUAGUCGAGCCACGGAGCGCGUCACUCGUCAGCGGAGGACUCGUCCGAGAGAAGAAGCACCGGAACCUUCUUGGGUGAAGAAGAUCUUCGAAACUCUCACGUACAUCCGAGAUGACGUUCGCCAGCUCAACGAGAGGAUGACUCGUCUUGAGAAAUCUCACUCCUACCGUGGCCCGCGUCACAGCUUUGGCGGAGGAGCUCGUCCGGCGAACUCUCUUUGACUGUUAUUUUCUCUUGAUUGAUUAUGAUACAUUGUUAUUUGUUUUAACUCUUUUGGUGGAUGAUGAUGUUGCUAGUUGAUAUUAACUGCUUAUGUAUUAAUAUCAUUGUUAGUUUGGCAAUUUUGUUCUUGUUUAGAACAUAUUGACCCUUUGUGGCGUUUUACAAAUUCCUUUUUAAAGAAAACUCUUGCCAUUCU